CACGAAGUCAGUUGCAAAGUAGCGCUGCGCAAGACCGACAUGGCGACGACGCCCGCCGAGACGACCGCCGACUUUAACGACCUGACCGAGGUGAUCGACAGCCUGGAGUCGCCGACGCACCACGAGCGUGACCACGCCGAAGCGGAUCAUCAUGGCCGUGACGGCGCGGACCACGACGACGAUGACUCCGAACCCACGGGCGACGAAGAGGCGAACGCUGAUGUCCUUGAAGCGAGUUACGACGACCACGAGCAUGGCGAUGAAGACGUACCUGAAGAUGGUGAGAACAUGGCGAGCGGAAGCGUGGACUUUGGCGAAGAGCACUCGGAGCACCCCGAUGAUUUGACCGACGACCACGGUGAAGUGCAUGUCGAGGAGUGUGAGGCCGAGCCCAGCCACGACGAAGCGAUGGACGAUCCUGUGCAUCUCGUUGAAGAGCCAGUGAAGACGCCAGUGAGCGAGGUACAUGUACACCCCCCUGUAGCGCCCACGUCCGUCCCGAAGGCAGCUACCAAGGUCGUCGCCAAAACGUCGCCGUCGCGACUCCGCAAGCCCAUGGCCAAAUCGCCGGUUGAAAAGCCAGCGUCCAAGCUAGUGAAGGCUGCACCGAAAGAGAAACUUACCGCGAAGCCCGCGAAGGCGGCCCAACCACGCUUGUCGCUGCAAGCUCGCCAGAGCAUUGGCAGCAAGACAACCGAGGAAGUCAAGCCGCGGUCGAUGCUUCUGCGCCUCCCGCGCGCUGCGUACGACGCGCUCUUUUCGCAGUGCCCGCUGGCGUCACUCAAGCAGAUGGCCGGCGUCAACGUUGAGAUGUAUAACGCGGUGCACAGCCAGCACCGGUACUGGAUCAAGGAAGGCGCGGACGUUCCAGCGUAUGUCCCGACGCUGCUCGUCAGUGCCGACGCCAAGACGGCGGCCAAGUGGACCGAAGUCAAGGCUCAUCUCCACGCGCUGGACAUCGCACAAACAGUCAAGCUGGAGGACCUCCGCGUGCUGCGCAACUACCGGACCGCGCCGCCCGGGGUGCUUCUUCUCUCCAAGGCCAUCGUGCAGCUCAUGCGCUUUGCUCCGCCCCGCGCGGGCAUGGACGAAAAAGCCGCCAAUGGCGACUGGAGCGCCAUCAAGACGGCGUUCCUCGACUUGAAACUCGUCGUGCGCACGCUCCGGAUCGCUGCGGACCGUGUUGCAAACCGGCACCCGCUGCCGUUCACGGCCAAGCAGUUGGACGAUCUCGUUGCGCUUUCCCAGAGCCCCGAGAUGGACGAGGCCAAGUUCAAGCGCACUUGCAGCGGCCUCUUGCCGACGCUUGAUGCGACUCGUCGCAUCCUCGCGUGCCUCAACGUCCUCGCCCGCGAAAUCGAGCUCACGUCGUUCGCCAAGCACCAGCUGCAGCACGCCGAAGCUGAAGAUGUUGCAAAGGUUGCCGUCGAAGUCAUCGUCGCCAAGCUCGAGGCCGCACCGCAGCCCGCACCCGAGAAGAGCCCGAGCCCGAGCCCCACGGCGACAGAGCUUAAAGCCAAGGCCCGAGCCAAGCCGGUGUCAACGAUUCCCCGCGUCGCUGUCAAGGCCAAGACGCCGCCGAGUGUCGACACGUCUGUAAAGCCUGCUGUCGUCAAGUCGCUGACGCCCAAGACUGCACCUGUCCGUGCGGCCGUGAAGCGUCCGUCGACGGGCCCGUCAGGGAUUGCCGCGCCCAAGGGGCGCGCGAGUGACGACGCAAGCAGUACGAGCUCGUCCAACGGCGGUAGCCAAGUCAAGCGUGCGAGUGACGCCAAGCCGCUGGUCAAGCCCGCGUCGCGUGUGACCAAGCCAAUCACAAAGCCGACGACAACGGCGGUGUCGCGCAUCAAGGCGGCACCUGUCGCGGCACCGACGCUCAAGCGCACGCUAUCGGCGUCGGGCGACUCGAUGGCGACGCUUCGCGCCGACCUCGUCGCGUCGAGCGAAGAGCUCUUGAAGUCGACAACGGACCUCAAGGAGAAGAUGGCGCAGGUCGCGGCGCUCGAGGCGUCGCUCGAGUCGGUGCAAGCCGCGCUGGCGGACGCACAGAAUGACGUCACUGCGCUCAACGCCGAGUUGGAGCAGAAGUCGAAGGACCUUGAAGCCCGACAAGCCACGGUGCUCGAAAUGCAGUGCAUUCAAGAGACGCUCUCGUUUCGCGUGACGGAGAUGACGCAGCGCGACAGCGAGCAGGCGACGACGAUUGCGCAGCUUGAGACGGAGAAGAAGUACCUGCAGGCGCAGCUGCAGGACGCCCUCGCACGCGUCGAGGCCGCCGAGGCCGACGUCGAAGAAAAGCACGCGCUCGUCGAAGAGAAGGAGCACGAGCACCAAAAGUGGGAGCAAGCGGUGCGUGACCAGCUCACCCACGAAGCGCAGAUGGAAAAGUACGACCUACAGAAGGAGUUGGCGGAGCUCCAGGCAGCAAUGACGAGUCUCCGCGGCGAACACGAGCUCGAGCUCGCGGGCAAGCAGGCGCGCAUUGACCAGGCCGAGGCCGAGAAGAAGACGUUUGCCGACGAGUUGGCUUCGAGCGAGCGUCGUGCGAGCAUGAUCCACGAGGAGCGCCAGCAGCUCACGGCAAGCCUCCAGGCGGCGCAGGCCGAGGCUUUGCGCCUGCAGGCGACGAUCGCCGAGCAAGAAGCAGAGCUGGUCAAGGAGAAGAAGCGGGCGGCGGCCGCCGACUCGGCGUACAACGAGUCGCUCAAGAUGCGCUCGGAAGACGUGGCGACGCUCGACUAAUAUAAGACACGAUUAUAACACGAUUAGCGCUAGACGCGCACGACCCA